AUGAGUUCUGAAACCCAAUCUCUCGGCUGGAGCGUCCAGGACUGGCGCGCUUUCCACGCGCGUGCUACGCCUCAGCAGGCGCUGGACCGACUCCAGGCGCUGCUGCGAUCCCAGCAAACAGCUCCACAGGAUCCCGCGUGGAUCUCCCUCGUGUCGCCAGAGCACCUGGAGCACCAAUGGCGCGUGGUCCAGAGUAAGCGCGACAAACAGUUGCUGCCUUUGUACGGUGUCCCUGUGGCCGUGAAAGAUAACAUCGACGUGGCCGGGUGUCAGACCACAGCGGCGUGCCCCAGCUACGCCUACGCGCCAGAACGCGACUCUACCUGUGUGGCGCUGCUACGCAACGCCGGAGCCAUCAUUCUAGGAAAGACCAAUCUCGACCAGUUCGCAACUGGUCUCGUGGGAACCCGCUCGCCGUACGGAAAGACACCUUGUGUUUUCAGCGACAAGCACGUUUCGGGCGGCUCUUCCGCGGGCUCUGCCUCUGUUGUUGGGCGUGGAAUUGUCCCACUAGCGCUCGGGACCGACACUGCUGGCUCGGGCCGUGUCCCGGCGGCGCUCAAUAAUUUGGUUGGGCUCAAACCUACAAAAGGUCUAUUUUCAUGUGCAGGCGUCGUUCCAGCAUGCAAAUCGCUAGACUGCGUCUCGGUAUUUGCGCAAAACCUGGGCGAUGCUCAAACUGGGUUCAAAGUCAUGGCCCAACCAGACAUCACUAACGACGAAUACUCACGUGCCAUGCCUUCCAAUCCAUUACAACGCUUUAGUGCUAACUGUACCAUUGCCAUCCCACGCGACGUGCUUUGGUACUCUGCUGCCACCUCGGAAAAUCCAGGUUUGUACCAGCAAGCGCUAGACAAUUUGCGCGCUACGGGCGCCAAGAUUGUCGAGAUUGAUUUCGAACCUCUCUUGGAGCUUGCCCGGUGCUUAUACGAAGGCGCUUGGGUUGCCGAGCGCUACGAAGCUACCCGCGAUUUCUUCAAGUCUAACCCAGAUCCGAAAACGCUCGACCCAACCGUUUCUAAAAUCAUCAACACCGCUACCAGCUUCGACGCUGCUGAUGCUUUUAGCGACGAAUACAAGCGUCAAGGCAUACUGCAGAAAGUUUCGGUCCUACUUCGCGACAUUGACGUACUUUGUGUCCCCACAUGUCCUUUAAACCCCACAUUUGAGCAAGUUGCUGCCGAACCUAUAAAAGUUAACUCCCAACAGGGGACCUGGACAAACUUCGUAAAUCUAGCAGACCUCGCGGCACUCGCCGUACCUGCCGGCUUUAGAAGCGAUGGGCUAUCUACUGGUAUUACUUUGGUGGGUAAAAAAUUCACCGACUACGCACUCUUGGAUCUAGCUCAGCGUUAUUUCAAAGAGGCUUUCCCUAACAACUCCAGAACCUUCGGCCAGUUUAAGAAUCGUACCGUUACUGUCGAAGACGAACUCGCACCAGUGCCUUUCAGCCCUGAAGAUUCAAUUAAGCUGGCAGUUGUAGGCGCGCAUCUGAAGGGAUUGCCCCUCCACUGGCAACUCGAAAAGGUCAAUGCCUCAUAUUUAGCGAGCCCCAAGACUUCGCCCAAUUACAAACUUUACGCGCUACCAAAGGCCGGGCCUGUAUUGAAGCCAGGGCUCAGAAGAGUAACUAACGACUCCACAGGUGCUCAGAUUCAAUUGGAAGUUUACAGCGUACCCAAAGACUUAUUUGGCACAUUCAUUUCCAUGGUCCCAGAACCAUUGGGAAUUGGGUCGGUAGAAUUAGAAUCUGGCGAAUGGGUCAAAUCUUUUAUUUGCGAAGAAUUCGGAUAUCAGCAAAAGGGUACCGUGGACAUCACUGCAUAUGGCAGUUUCAAAACUUACGUUGACGAGUUGGCCGUUGAAGAGGCCAAAAAUGCAAAGCCAUUUGAUACCGUCUUGGUUGCCAACAGAGGUGAAAUUGCUGUGCGUAUCAUGAAGACUUUGAAAAAACUGAAAAUAAAAGCCGUUGCAGUUUAUUCAGACCCCGACAAGUACUCACAACAUGUUACCGAUGCUGAUGUUGCCAUUCCGCUUAAAGGUGCCACCGCUGCUCAAACUUACUUGGACAUUGACAAGAUAAUCGCUGCGGCCCAUGAAACUGGUUCUCAAGCUAUCAUUCCAGGCUAUGGGUUCUUAUCUGAGAAUGCUACAUUCUCUGAUAGAUGUGCAGCCGAGGGUAUCGUUUUUGUUGGUCCCGAUGGUGAUGCCAUUAGAAAGUUAGGUCUAAAGCACUCCGCCAGAGAAAUUGCGCAAAAAGCUGGUGUACCUUUGGUUCCUGGGUCCGGCUUAGUCUCGUCUCCACAAGAAGCUAAGGAAAUAGCAAGAAAGCUGGAGUAUCCAAUCAUGGUAAAGUCUACUGCCGGAGGUGGUGGUAUUGGCCUACAAAAGGUUGACUCUGAAGAAGAUAUUGAAAGAGUUUUCGAAACUGUACAGCAUCAAGGUAAAGCAUACUUUGGCGACUCUGGUGUCUUUUUGGAAAGAUUUGUUGAAAACGCUAGACACGUCGAAAUUCAAAUGAUGGGCGACGGCAAUGGUAAAGCGAUUGCAAUUGGCGAACGUGACUGCUCUUUACAACGUCGUAACCAAAAGGUGAUAGAAGAAACCCCUGCCCCGAACUUGAGUGAAAAAACUAGGCAAAGAAUGCGCAGCGCUUCGGAAAAUUUAGGCGCUUUGUUGAAAUACAAAUGUGCUGGUACCGUGGAAUUUAUUUAUGACGAAAAGAGAGACGAAUUUUACUUCUUGGAGGUAAACGCUAGAUUGCAAGUGGAGCAUCCAAUUACGGAAAUGGUCACCGGUUUGGACUUGGUCGAAUGGAUGCUGAAAAUCGCUGCUGGUAAUCCUCCAGAUUUCGAUAAUGCUAACAUUACCGUGACAGGAGCUUCUAUUGAAGCUCGUCUGUACGCCGAAAACCCAGUUAAGGACUUUAGGCCGUCUCCAGGUCAACUCACCGAUGUUCGCUUCCCAAAUUGGGCUAGAGUUGAUACUUGGAUUUCAAAGGGUACUACCAUAUCCGCGGAAUAUGAUCCCACUUUGGCUAAGAUUAUUGUCCAUGGUAAAGAUCGCAAUGACGCCAUUCAAAAACUUAACCAAGCCUUGAAUGAAACUGCCAUAUAUGGUUGCAUCACGAACAUUGACUAUCUCAGAUCUAUUGCUUCUUCCGAAAUGUUCAAGACUGCAAAAGUCGCAACUAAAGUGUUAGAUUCCUACGACUACAAGCCUCGUGCAUUCGAAGUUGUUGCCCCAGGCGCUUACACCACUGUUCAGGAUUACCCAGGUAGAGUUGGUCACUGGAGAAUUGGUGUACCCCCAUCGGGUCCAAUGGACGCGUACUCUUUUAGGCUUGCUAACAGAAUUGUCGGUAAUCACUACAAAGCACCAGCCAUCGAAAUAACUCUAAAUGGCCCUAAGAUUAUUUUUCACACCGACGUGAUUAUUGCUCUCACAGGUGGUAUCGCUUCGUGUACCUUGAAUGACAAGGUCAUCGAGCAAAAUAAGCCAAUUCACGUCAAGAGAGGUGAGCAACUUGCCGUUGGCAAGUUGAGUCAAGGAUGCAGAGCUUACUUGGCCAUCAGAGGUGGUAUUGAUGUUCCUGAGUACUUAGGAUCUAGAUCUACUUUCGCUCUUGGUAACAUGGGCGGUUUCAACGGAAGGGUAUUAAAGUUGGGUGACGUUCUAUUUUUGAACCAACCUGAACUUGCAUCUUCUGAUAUGCCAGCUCCAUCUUACGCACCAAGCGAGCCUCCCGCUAGUCUAAUUCCAGUCUUGGCUGAUAACAAAGUAUGGAAAAUAGGCGUUACUUGUGGACCACAUGGCUCUCCAGACUUUUUUAAGCCUGAAUCUAUUGAAGAAUUCUUCACCGAGAAAUGGAAAGUUCACUACAACUCGAACAGAUUUGGCGUGAGGUUAAUUGGACCAAAGCCCAAGUGGGCAAGAAAAGACGGUGGAGAAGGUGGUCUUCACCCAUCUAAUGCUCACGAUUACGUUUACUCUCUCGGUGCCAUCAAUUUCACUGGUGAUGAGCCUGUAAUUAUUACUGCCGAUGGUCCAUCUCUGGGCGGCUUCGUUUGCCAGGCUGUCGUUCCUGAAGGCGAACUGUGGAAAGUCGGUCAAGUUAAGCCUGGUGAUUCUAUUCAAUUUGUUCCCGUGUCAUAUGAAUCGGCUAGACUAUUGAAAGAAUCUCAAGAUGAAGCAAUCGAGUCGUUUUCUGAUCACAGUUUGAGAACGCUGACACCAGACUUAGUGCUACCUAGCUACGAAAACCCUAUCUUAGAGCAGCUUGCAAAGACGUCCGAUUUCUGUCCAAAGGUCACUUACCGUCAAGCUGGUGAUCGCUACAUUUUGGUUGAAUACGGUGAAAACGAAAUGGACCUCAAUAUUUCCUACCGUGUCAACAGGUUGAUCACUCUCGUCAACAAUCACAAGACCGUGGGCAUUGUUGAGAUGUCUCAGGGUGUUCGUUCAGUUUUGAUAGAAUACAAUGGAUACGAGAUAAACCAGAAGAGCUUACUACAAACUCUAAUCGCUUAUGAGAAAGAAAUAAAAUUCGACAGCCACUGGACUAUUAAGUCCAAGAUUUUCAAGUUGCCGCUCGCCUUCGAAGACUCCGAGACUUUGGGUUGUGUCAAACGUUAUCAAGAAACAAUUCGUUCCAAGGCUCCUUGGCUGCCAAACAAUGUCGACUUUGUUGCAGACAUCAAUGGUAUCACUCAUAAGGACGUCGAAAAAAUGCUCUACACUGCGAGAUUUAUGGUCUUAGGUCUUGGUGAUGUGUUCUUAGGUGCCCCAUGUGCAGUUCCGUUAGACCCUCGUCACAGACUCUUAGGAUCCAAGUACAACCCUUCCAGAACCUAUACUAAGGCAGGAACGGUCGGUAUUGGAGGCAUGUACAUGUGUAUCUAUGCUAUGGAUUCGCCAGGUGGUUACCAACUGGUUGGUAGAACGAUCCCAAUUUGGGACAAGCUAAAACUUGGUGCUCACUCCACUGACCAUCCAUGGCUACUGACUCCUUUCGAUCAAGUGGAAUUCUACCCUGUCAGUGAAGAAGAACUUAACAAAUUUACUGACGAGUGCGAAAACGGUCAGUUCCCAGUUCAGGUCGAAGAAAGUGUCUUCGAUCACAAAAAGUACUUGGAAUGGAUCCAAGAAAACAGCGAGUCUAUUGAAAAAUUCCAGAAAACCAUUGGUGGAGAAAAAGCUGAGGAGUUUUCGAGGCUCAUGCAAGAAUCUAAUGCUGAACUGGAAAACUCCGCAUCUAGUGCGCCCAUCGAGGAAGAAGAGUUCCCCGAAGGCGCUGAAAUGGUUUACUCUGAGUAUUCUGGUAGAUUUUGGAAACCCAUGGUUUCUGUCGGUGAUUCGGUAAAGGCUGGUGAUGGUUUGAUUGUGGUGGAAGCAAUGAAGACUGAAAUGUUAGUCGCUGCACCAAAAGACGGUAAAGUUUUGAAAGUUAUACACAAAAACGGUGACAUGGUCGAAGCCGGUGAUGUUGUUGUUGUUCUUCAAUGA